AGUGGUUGGGAAUGUCAUUUUGGUAAUAUCGCUCUAAUUCAAAGUACUCGAGCGCCGUGCGCCACGUGCGCCUAGUACCCACAUGUUGGCUUUGACCGCAUAGCAACACAGGCACAGCGCCACCACAGUGAGCUCCACAGGUUGGUUGCUUGUCAUGUCAGCCAUGGCAACUGAGAAUUUCCGCGCGCAAUACUACGACAAAGUAGGUUUUCGCGGUAACAAAUCUCUAGAAAUAUUGCUCAGCGAGAAGCCGAUAGACCUGAAGAAGCUGUCUAACUUCUGCCGAAAGUUCUGCUUGCCAGCGAUUCACCGAUUCACCGUUUGGAAAGUGUUGCUCGGUGUGUUGCCAACAUUUGAAGAGAACGCCAGCGUCUUUGAGAAGGACCAAACGGACCAGUCCAACGCCCUCAAGCGUUCGCUGCUGGUGAUGCGGGUGGUAAACGACGACACGCGACCCCCCGAAGUUGUCGUCCUGAUGUACCUCCUCGGUGAAGGGCAGCUGCACCUGGACAUCGAGCAGCAGAUGCAAGACGAGGAAGCACAGCAUCUUCUCGGGAUCGCCUCGGCGUUUUUCAAAAUGGACCUCUCCGAACAGGACGUCUACUGGAUGACGAGAAACUUUUGGAGGCAGCUCAAGAAACUCUCCAUCGACUCUUGCCUUAUGAGCAAGCAGAUGGAGGACACACUGGAGAAGGAGGACGCUGAACUCUUUCAGCACCUGCUCAGGAUCAAGGCCUUUCCUGUGCUUCCGGUGGACGUCUGGUUCCGACGUUGUUUCGCCGAGGUCCUAGACGAAGACGCGCUGGUCAGGGUUUGGGACAAGGUUAUUGGAGGCUCGGUGAAGUUCCUUCCGCAAGUGGGCGCGGUGCUGCUCAUGUCCCUGCGAACGUCUCUGCUGCAACUCCGGGGUGUCGGUGACGUCCUUGAACUGCUCAGCAAGGUUCCGAAGGAUGCGUCGGAUGCCGUGGUCAACAAGGUGCUCGAGUGACUCUCCGAGCUCUUUGGACAGAUGCAACUUUGCUGCGUUCUCAACGAGAAUGACAUACUUUGUGCAAUCCAGUGUGUGUGUGUGCCAACCUUCAUAAAUGUAAAAACAUGUUACGAAAUGAAAUAUUCAAACCGA